UGAUGAUCUGAGCUCUCCGACUCUACUAAUCAUCUUUACAGUAAAAUAUUUCUGACAGGGUUUUACCUCCACAGUUCCAUCUGAUCCGUUGUGGUGUAUUUCAGGUGCUUAACUGUGUUCUGCUGGAAAGAUCAAGGUGUCGCUGUGAGCGUCUCGGUCCCGUUCCUCCACACAUUGACAGAAACAGAAGAAGACGUGCUGCAGUUUUUCUGAUUGCUGAUCUGAGCUCUCCGACUCUACUAAUCAUCUUUACAGUAAAAUAUUUCUGACAGGGUUUUACCUCCACAGUUCCAUCUGAUCCGUUGUGGUGUAUUUCAGGUGCUUAACUGUGUUCUGCUGGAAAGAUCAAGAUUUGAGUGAUGUCCUCUCUGAUCCUGUUGUCCUCUUUCAUAAACAUCAUAAAUUAACCUUCAAAAAAAUAUAAAGAGUUUCAAACAUGAUGAAAGCAGAAGAUAUUAAAUGUGAGGAUCUGGAACCUAUGGAGAACUGCAGUAAUCAGCAAGUCUUAUCUGAUCCUUUACACACUAAGGUUUCUCACAGACAAGUGCGAAGACAAAUUCACCACUGCUCACUGUGUGGAAAAAGUUUCAGUCGAAAUAGUUGUUUCAGACAGCAUCAGCGUAUUCACACAGGAGAGAAGCCGUACCACUGCUCACAGUGUGGGAAGAGUUUCAGUCAGAAGAGUCACGUCAAACAACAUGAGCGCAUUCACACUGGGGAGAAGCCGUAUCAGUGCUCACAAUGUGGGAAGAAGUUUACCUGCCAGAGUCACCUGCAGCGACACCAGCGCAUUCACGCAGGAGACAAACCGUAUCACUGUUCACAUUGUGAGAAGAGGUUUAGUGUAAAAGGUUUUCUUGUAAAUCACCUGCGGGUUCAUACGGGAGAGAAGCCGUAUCAGUGCACAGAGUGCGGUAUGAGUUUUACUCAAAGGAGUAAUCUCCAAAAACACCAGCGCAUUCACACAGGAGAUAAACCGUAUAACUGCUUAGUGUGUGGGAAGAGUUUUAAUCGAGAGGAUACGCUGCAGAUACACCAACGCAUUCACACUGGAGAGAAACCGUAUUGCUGUUCACUGUGUGGAAAGAGUUUCAGUCGGAAGACUUAUCUCAGACAGCAUCAGCGUAUUCACACAGGAGAGAAGCCGUAUCACUGCUCACAGUGUGGGAAGAGUUUCAGUCAGAAGAGUCACGUCAAACAGCACCAGCGCAUUCACACUGGGGAGAAGCCGUAUCGAUGCUCCGAGUGUGGGAAGAAGUUUACCUGCCAGAGUCACCUGCAGCGACACCAGCGCAUUCACGCAGGAGACAAACCGUAUCACUGUUCACAUUGUGAGAAGAGGUUUAGCGAGAGAGGUUUUCUCAUUAAUCACCUGCGGGUUCAUACGGGAGAGAAGCCGUAUCAGUGCACAGAGUGCGGUAUGAGUUUUACUCAAAGGAGUAAUCUCCAAAAACACCAGCGCAUUCACACAGGAGAUAAACCGUAUAACUGCUUAGUGUGUGGGAAGAGUUUUACACAAAAAUCUACUCUCCAGAUACACCAACGUAUUCACACUGGAGAGAAACCGUAUUACUGCUCACAGUGUGCAAAGAAUUUUACCACCCUGAGUAAUCUCCGAAAACACCAGCGUGUUCACACUGGAGAGAAAACGUAUCACUGCUCGGAGUGUGGGAAGAGUUUUAGGACUCUCAGAAAUUUUCAGCAACACCAGCGUAUUCACACAGGAGAGAAGCCGUAUCAGUGCUCAGAGUGUUGGAAGAGCUUCACACAGAAUGGAAACCUCCAGGUUUAUCUGCACAUUCACACUGGAGAGAAGCCGUAUCACUGCCAGGAGUGUGGAAAGAGUUUUAGUCACAAGAGCAAUCUUCAACAACACCAACGCAUUCACAGAGGAAAGAACCCAUACCAGUGCUCAGAGUGUGGGAAGGGUUUUAUGCUAAAGUUUAAUCUUCAAGAACACCAACGCAUUCACACGGGGGAGAAACCAUAUUUGUGUUCUCAAUGUGGGAAGAGUUUCAGUCAAAUAAGUACGCUUAAAGAACACCAGCGGAUUCACACAGGAGAGAAGCCAUAUCAGUGCUCACAGUGUGGGAAGAGCUUCAGUCAGAAGAGCAAUCUCAAAAAACACCAGAGUAUUCACGCUGGAGAGAAGAUGUAUCACUGUGCACUGUGUGGGAAGAACUUUACCAGUCAGAGUAAUCUCCAGUGACACCAGCGCAUCCACACAGGAGAGAAACCGUAUCAGUGUCCACAGUGUGAGAAGAGUUUUAUUGAGAGCGGCAGUCUUAUAAAACACAAGCGGAUUCACACCGGAGAGAAACCAUAUCACUGCUCACUGUGUGUGAAGAGUUUCACUAGCCAGAGUAAUCUCCAGCAACACAAACGGAUUCAUACAGGAGAUAAACCAUAUAACUGCUUAGAGUGUGGAAAACGUUUUAGACAAGGUACUGGUCUCCAAAUCCACCAACGCAUUCACACAGGCGAUAAACCUUAUUACUGUUUAGAGUGUGGGAAGAGUUUUAGGCAAGGAACGGCUCUCCAGAUACACCAACGCAUUCACACAGGGCAGAAGCCGUAUCACUGCACAGAGUGUGGGAAGAGUUUUACCAGCCAGAGUAAUCUCCAGCGUCACCAGCGUGUUCACACAGGAGAGAAGCCGUAUCAGUGCUCAGACUGUGGGAUGAGCUUUACACAAAGGUGUAAUCUCCAACAACAUGAGUAUAUACACACAGGAGAUAAACCGUAUCAGUGCCUAGAGUGUGGCAAGAGCUUUAAUCGAGAGGACAGUCUGCAGUUACACCAACGUAGUCACACUGGAGAGAAACCGUAUUACUGCUCAGACUGUGGGAAGAGGUUCAGUAACCAGAGUAAUCUUCGAAAGCAUCUACGCAUUCACACGGGAGAGAAGCUGUAUCAGUGUUCUGAGUGUGGGAAGACUUUUAGUAAACAGAGAAUAUUUCAGCAACACAAACACAUUCACAAAGAUGAGAGAAAAGACAAAGAUGUUCACCAGUGCUCGCAAUGUGGGAAACGUUUCAGUCAAAAGUGCAAUCUCAAACAACACCAGCACAUUCACACAGGAGAGAAGCCGUAUCCAUGCUCAUACUGCGGGAAGAGAUUCAGUCUGAAGAGUACUCUCAAACAACACCAGCGAACACACACAGGGGAGAAGCCAUAUCAGUGCUCAGACUGUGGGAAGAGUUUCACACAGACGACUCACCUCCAACAACACCUGCGCAUUCACACUGGAGAUAAACCAUAUCACUGCUUAGACUGUGGCAAGAGUUUUAGUCGAGUGGGAACCCUCCACAUCCACCAGCGCCUUCACACUGGAGAGAGGCCUUAUUACUGCUCACAGUGUGGGAAGUGUUUUAGCGAGAGAGGCACUCUGGUACAGCACGUACGAAUUCAUACAGGAGAGAAACCAUAUCACUGCUUACAGUGUGGGAAGAGCUUCGUGGGAAAAAGUAAUCUCAAACAACACCUGCGCAUUCACUCGGGAGAGAAGCCGUAUCCGUGCUCAUACUGUGGGAAGAGUUUUACACAGAGGGGUAAUCUCCGUAAACACCUGCAUAUUCACACCGGCGAUAAACCGUAUCAGUGCUUAGAGUGUGGCAAGAGUUUUACACAAGGAACCGAUCUCCAGCUACACCAACACAUUCACACAGGGGAGAAGCCUUAUUACUGUUCAGCAUGUGGCAAGAGCUUUACCAGUUAUAGUAAUUUCCAACAACACCAGCGCAUUCACACUGGAGAGAAGCCGUAUCAGUGCUCCCAGUGUGGGAAGAGUUUUAGGACACAGAGAAACCUGCAGCGACACCAACAAGUGCACACGGCUGAGAAUCAGGACGAUUCCACAAAGACUGAUAGCUAAAUCGUUGAACGCUCGGCACUUAUUUUGGGUCAAAUGAUAUCUUUGAACUUUGGACAUUCUGCUGGUGCAUACGAUGUAUUCCCUUCUAGUUACUCUCAUCUGACAGGAUCAUGCUUACGAAACUGAGUUAUUCCAAAGCAUUUUAAAUUCACCCAAUUAAUGAGCUGAUGAUUUUACUAUAAUCUUGAUGCAUGACUAUGUUGGAUAGUAUUUCUUCUUAAAUUCUGAACCAGAGUGGUCACAUAGCUGAUGUAGAAUUGUUAGCCAUAAAUCAAAAGAAAUUGGAUAACCUGUUAAUUAAAUAGUCUGAUUUCUACCAUAUAUGUGAAUAUUUAUGUGGAUGUCUGUGAAUAAGGCGUUCUUGUACUGCGACAGUAUGAUCAGAGAAAUAAAACGCGUCUUAAUAC